AUCCAAAAUCACAAAUUGAGGGGAAAAGAUGAUCGGAGAAGUGGAGAAGAUGAUAACAGUAGGCCUUGUUUGGGGAGCAACAAAUGCCCUAAUGCGAAAAGGGGCAAUCAAAUGGGACGAAACCAUCAAAUCUUUACCUCAACCAAACACACCCCAACACCCAGUCCUCACAACUCUACAAAAUUGGCUCAAACUUCUGUUGAUUUGGCAAUAUUCAUUGCCAUUUCUUCUAAAUCUGUCUGCAUCAGCUACUUUCUUUGCAAUUCUAAGUGAUACACCAAUUUCUUUAGCUGUUCCUGUUACGAAUGCCACCACUUUUGCUGCUACUGCUGUUUUUGGAUUGAUUCUUGGUGAAGAAACUCGUGUUGGUCUUGCUCUUUUUGGUACUUCUCUUAUUGUUCUUGGUGUUUACAUUUGUAUCAUGUAAUCUUUUCAAAUAAAGCUGGAUCUG